UGAAGGGAAACUGAUGGAUGAGGCAACAGUUUGCUGGUAAAUCACCAUCAGUGUAGAAUAAGAGAUGUCAUUUUAGAUCUGGAAGUAAUUUUAUCUUCGUGCAUCAGCUGAUGGAGUCAUGUGUUUGUUCGGUCAGGAGCAGAAUAACAGGAUUCAAUUACAGCCGGAUGAAGAUGUUUGUGCCGUCUCUGCUCCUCGUGAUUGUGUCCCACCAUACCCAGGCUGUGGUGGUGGAAGUGUAUGGAGGUAUACAGUCUGUCACAUUACCCUGCCACUACUCUAAUCAUAUACCAGAAGACCCCACAGUGAUGUGGAUUCGUAUCGAUCUCAACCCCAACUUUGUCCACAAACAAAAAGAAAAAGAUGAUCUUACAGGACAAAACCAGCAUUACAACAGACGCACAUUUAUGAGGUCAGAUGCUUUGGACACUGGAGAUUUCAGCCUCACUCUGAGAAAACCAACAGAGACAGACACUGGCAAGUACACCUGCACCAUCGGCGAUGGGAGAGAACUACUAAUACUGGGAGAUGUACAGCUGCUGGUAAAAGGACAACGUCAAUCCAUGGCUGUAGUAACCCUGGUGCUUCUGCUUCUUGCAAUUUUACUUGUUUGUUUUUGCUGGGUUUGUAUUUGUUUAAAAGGACAAGUUCCCUUAGUUCUCCACCAUCUCCAUUUUGUCCUUGCUCUUGGGAUUGUUUUUUCUGGGAGUAUUUUAUUGCUUCAUCAGGACCAUUUCUUCACAGGUUACCAGGCAGAGGAGGGGAAUGAGUCUGUCCAGUUGCCGUGCACAGCCACAAUUCACUUGACUGAAGAUACUAAGGUAGAGUGGAAGAACAGUUGUAAUGGAAAGAUCCAUGUAUAUAAGAAUGGAUCUGACCGGCCUGAAGAACAGGACGAGAAUUACAGAGGUCGAACAAAGAUGAAUGAAAAUCUGCUCAAAACUGGAGACCUCAGUCUGACUCUGAAAUACCCCACAGUCACAGACACACAGAUCUACACCUGUACUGUCUACAACAGUGAGGGGAACAUCAUGAUGAUCAAACAAGUGGAGCUGAAGGUUAGUGGACCGACAGUCAAGAUUUGGAUAUUCAUCGCUGUGUGCAUUGUCCUGUAUGUAGCCGCUUUAUUGGCCUUUGUCUUCAUGUGUAAAAAAUACAAAAGGAUGAAGAGCAGACAAGACGCCAUCGUGUAAUCCAUCUCCUCCCCAUCUCUGCCUCUCCCAUGUUACUCAGGCUCCACUGAAGCCUCCUCCUUCAUCUCCACCACCAGGGUCUAGACUCCAGGGGAUCCUUCCCUAAUCCCUAUCACUGUUGGGAAUAUGCUCUGUUGCGACAGACCUUCUGAAUCUAAUCACCAAAUACUUUAAUUGAAUUCUGUAUAUCAAUAAAUCAUAUUCAAUUCUU